ACAAUGUCCACCGAUGUCAUGGGUUGGAGGCAGGACAAGUAUAAGUGCCGGAUGCCCAGGCUUUGCAGAGGGAACUCGAGAUUGUCCUCGCCAGGCCUCUCAACUGCUUUCCGUCCUCACUCCAGACAGACUUAGCAAGUAGUCAGUCACGAAUCAGCACCAUGCUGCAGAACCUCCUCCCCUUCAUCGCCCUCUUGGGUACCGCGUCUGCUCAGGCCGCAGCCUGGCAGCAGUGUGGUGGCCAGGACUGGACGGGAGCCAAGACCUGUGUCUCUGGCUACAGCUGUGUCGCCGUCAACCAGUGGUACUCACAGUGCCAGCCUGGCGGCACUGGUGGUGGCGGCGGUGGCAAUGGAGGCGGUAACGGCGGCGGCUCGGGCAAGUUUACCUUUAUCGGCGCCAACGAGGCCGGAGCCGAGUUCGGCACUGCGUAUCCCGGUGUAGAGGGCAAGGACUUUACCUUCCCUCUCCUGAGCACCAUUUCUACACUCAGGUCGCAGGGCUACAACACGUUCCGUGUCCCCUUCGCCAUGGAGCGCCUCUCCCCCGCGAGCGUCGGCGGCGCCUUCUCGGCUCCGUACCUCGCCAACCUGACGGCCGUGAUCAACGGCAUCACGUCGGCCGGCAGCUUCGCGAUCCUCGACCCGCACAACUACGGCCGCUACAACGGGGCCAUCAUCACCGACACGGCCGCGUUCGGCACCUUCUGGCGCAACCUCGCGACCCAGUUCAAGUCCAACUCCAAGGUCAUCUUUGACACCAACAACGAGUACCACGACAUGGACCAGACGCUCGUCUUCAACCUCAACCAGGCCGCCAUCACCAACAUCCGCGCCGCGGGCGCCACCUCGCAGUACAUCUUUGCCGAGGGCAACUCGUGGUCCGGCGCCUGGCACUGGGCCGAGACCAACGACAACCUCAAGGGCCUGACCGACCCCAACAACAAGCUCGUCUACGAGAUGCACCAGUACCUCGACACGGACGGCUCCGGCACCUCGACGGCCUGCGUCUCUGGCACCAUCGGCGCCGAGCGCCUCGCCACGGCCACCACCUGGCUGCGCAACAACAAGAAGGUCGGCGUGAUCGGCGAGUUCGCCGGCGGCGCCAACGACAACUGCAAGGCCGCCGUCAAGUCCCUGCUCGACCACGUCAAGGCCAACAGCGACGUCUGGCUCGGCGCCAUCUGGUGGGCCGCCGGCCCCUGGUGGGGUGACUACAUCUACAACUUUGAGCCGACGGCCGGCGUUGGCUACACUGCGUACAACUCGCUGCUCAAGUCGUAUGCUUGAAGGGGGUGACUUCGGAACUGAUUGACGCCUGACGCGGGUUACAAGGAGGUUGCUGCAGGCUCAUAUGCUGCGGUGACGUGGGUGGAGAAAGCUAGGCGGGAAAAUAUACGGUGUCAGAAGUACAUUUACUUUGUCGCUUUCGUUGUGCAUAGUUUAACUAUACAUUUUUGCCCAGGACAAGCCAUGACCUAUACAUAAAUCUCACAACAUUCUUCACGCUCCUGAAUU